GUGCACUUUGGGCGGUGGCUGAUCGAGGGCAGCCCGGCCGUGGUUCUGCUCGACGUGGGGGCCACGGCCUGGAGCCUGGAGCGCUGGAAGGGGGAGCUGUGGGAGAGCUGCGCCAUCGGCGUGCCCUGGUACGACCGCGAGGCCAACGACGCCGUGCUCUUCGGCUUCCUGGUGGCCUGGUUCCUCGGAGAGUUUGCGGCGCAGAGCGAGGAGCGCCCGUUCAUCGUGGGCCACUUCCACGAGUGGCUGGCGGGGCUGGGGCUGGUGCUGAGCCGGGCACGGCGCCUCCCGGUGGCCACGAUCUUCACUACACACGCGACCCUGCUGGGGCGGUACCUGUGCGCCGGGAGCGUGGACUUCUACAACAACCUGCACAGCUUUGACGUGGACAAGGAGGCGGGCGAGCGGCAGAUCAGGGUUGGGGGGUUCUCAGGUGCCCCCAAGUGUGCCAGGGAGGUUCUCAGGUGUGCCCAGUUUGACGUGGACAAGGAGGCGGGCGAGCGGCAGAUCAGGGCUGGGGGGUUCUCAGGUGUGCCCAGGUGCCCCCAGUUUGACGUGGACAAGGAGGCGGGCGAGCGGCAGAUCAGGGUUGGGGGGUUCUCAG